AUGGCGCGCCAGCACCUCGUGCUCGCGCUGCUGCUGCUCGCGGUCACCAUCUCGGCGACCGCCGUGACUACAGCGAAUGGCGCGACGCUCGUUAUCAGCAACGCCGACCGUAGCCUGACGGUCGACAAUUACACCAUCUACGGCCAAAACAUUUACGACAACGAAACCGGCGUCCAAGUCAAGCCGACGAAGAACCCCGACGGGUCGCUCACGAUGGAGGGCAAGUACACGUGGUACCCGAACGGCACCAUCGCCGCGCCUGGUGUAACUAUAUACAUCGCCGGCGCGGCCAGCUUCGUGGAAAUCGCGAACACGAAGCUGUACGGCAAGGGCGGCAUUGCGCGAAACGCGGCGACGGGCGCGGUAAUUCCGUGGGUUGAGAGUCCUGACGGCUCGUUCACCGCCGGCGACAUCACCGGCUGGGCGAACGGCACGUUUGUCGGCUCCAAUGGCGUCGUGCUGCGAACACGCCUCUCGUUCAACCCGACGGGCGGAUCGGAUAGCGGUGGAAGCACCGGCGCCGGCGGAGGCACCGGCAGCGGCGGAGGCACCGGCGGCGGCGGAGGCACCGGCGGCGGCGGAGGCACCGGCGGUGGCGGAGGCACCGGCGGCGGCGGAGGCACCGGCGGCGGCGGAGGCACCGGCAGCGGCGGGAGCACCGGCGGCGGCGGAGGCACCGGCGGUGGUGGAGGCACCGGCGGUGGCGGAGGCACCGGCGGUGGCGGAGGCACCGGCGGUGGCGGAGGCACCGGCGGUGGCGGAGGCACCGGCGGCGGCGGAGGCACCGGCGGCGGCGGAGGCACCGGCGGCGGCGGAGGCACCGGCGGCGGCGGAGGCACCGGCGGCGGCGGGAGCGCCGGCGGCGGCGGAGGCACCGGCGGCGGCGGGGGCACCGGCGGCGGCGGAGGCACUGGCGGUGGCGGAGGCACCGGCGGCGGCGGAAGCACUGGCGGCGGCGGAGGCACUGGCGGCGGCGGAAGCACUGGCGGCGGCGGAAGCACUGGCGGCGGCGGAAGCACUGGCGGCGGCGGAGGCACUGGCGGCGGCGGAGGCACUGGCGGCGGCGGAAGCACUGGCGGCGGCGGAGGCACUGGCGGCGGCGGAGGCACUGGCGGCGGCGGAGGCACUGGCGGCGGCGGAGGCACUGGCGGCGGCGGAGGCACUGGCGGCGGCGGAGGCACUGGCGGCGGCGGAGGCACUGGCGGCGGCGGAGGCACUGGCGGCGGCGGAGGCACUGGCGGCGGCGGAGGCACUGGCGGCGGCGGAGGCACUGGCGGCGGCGGAAGCACUGGCGGCGGCGGAAGCACUGGCGGCGGCGGAAGCACUGGCGGCGGCGGAGGCACUGGCGGCGGCGGAGGCACUGGCGGCGGCGGAGGCACUGGCGGCGGCGGAAGCACUGGCGGCGGCGGAAGCACGGGCAGCGGCGGAAGCACUGGCAGCGGCGGAAGCACGGGCAGUGGCGGAAGCACGGGCAGCGGCGGAAGCACUGGCAGCGGCGGAAGCACGGGCAGUGGCGGAAGCACUGGCAGCGGCGGAGGCUUGAACCCUGACGGCAGUGUUUCGCUGGGCGCGGACUACAAGGUGCUGCCCAACGGCACGGUGGUGGACGCAGCAGGCAAACCCGUCAAGCCCGUCGCCAAUCCCGACGGGUCGUUCACCGUCGGUGGCAAGUACACCGCCUUCCCCAACGGCACCAUUGUGGGCCCCGGCGGGUCGGUGGUAGAGAGCGGCAAGAAAUUCGCUGUCAAUCCAGACGGCACCAUUGCUGUCACUCCCGACCCCAGCAGCACCAACCUGACUGUCAACCCUGAUGGCAGCCUGACCUUCGGACCCGGCUACACUAUGUUACCUAGCGGCCUGGUGGUCGACUCCACUGGAGCUUUCGUCACUCCUAUUGUCAACCCGGAUGGGUCGAAUUCUGUUGCCGGUGACUACACGGCGUACACCAAUGGCACGGUCACUGCUCCUGGUGUUUCCAUCGCCACUGUCUCCGGUGUGCCUGAAUACACAAUUGGCGCCACGACGAUGCUGGCCAAUGGCACAGUGCUGGACGCGGCUGGAAAGACGAUCAAGCCGACGGCGAAUGCAGACGGGUCGUUCACAGCGGGUGACAUCACAGGGUUUCCGAAUGGCACGAUUGUGGGCGCCAACGGUGCCGUGGUCAACACUGGCAAGCAGUUCGCCGUUGCCCCUGAUGGCACCAUCGCCGUCACCUCUCCUGCGCCUGGCUCCAACCCUGCACCUGGCUCCAUCCCUGGUCCCAUUCCGUCUGACCCCAGCAGCACCAAUCUGACGUUCAACCCCGAUGGCAGCCUGUCUUUCGGGCCCGGCUACACCAUGCUGGCAAACGGCACGGUGGUUGACUCCUCUGGAGCCCCUGUUGCUCCCAUUCGCAAUCCGGAUGGGUCCUACUCCAUCGGCGCUGGCUACACUGCCUACACCAACGGCACGCUCGCAGCUCCCGGUGUUGCCAUUGAUCGCGUCGGUGCGCCUGGGUAUACGAUAGGCAGCACGAAGAUGCUGGCCAAUGGCACGGUGCUGGACGUGGCUGGAGUGCCGAUCACGCCGACGGAUAAUGGGGAUGGGUCGUUCACAGCGGGCGAGCUGACAGGGUAUGAGAACGGCACACUUGUGGGCGCCAACGGUGCCGUGGUCAACACCGGGAAGCAGUUCACCAUCAACCCUGAUGGCACCAUCACUGUCACAUCUGCUGCCCCUGGUUCCAUCCCCGCGCCUGGCUCUGCCCCUGCACCUGGCUCUGAGGCUGCACCUGGCUCUGCCCCUGCACCUGGCUCUGAAACUGCACCUGGGUCUGAAACUGCACCUGGGUCUGAAACUGCACCUGGGUCUGAAACUGCACCUGGGUCUGUUCCUGCGCCUGGGUCCGAGACUUCGCCUGGCUCAGAGGCUGCACCUGGCUCAGAGGCUGCACCUGGCUCAGAGGCUGCACCUGGCUCAGAGGCUGCACCUGGCUCAGAGGCUGCACCUGGCUCUGAGACUGCUCCUGGCUCCAACCCUGCACCUGGGUCCAGCCCCGGUCCCACUCCCUCCGACCCCAGCGGCACCAGGCUGACGUUCAACCCGGACAACACCUUAUCAUUCGGGCCCGGCUACACUCUCUUGGCCGACGGCAAAGUCACUGACUCCACUGGCGCCGCUGUCUCUCCCACUCGCAAUCCCGAUGGCUCCUUCACUGUCGGCGGCGACUACACUGCCUACCCCAAUGGCACGCUCACUGCUCCUGGUGUUGCUGUCAGCAUGGCCGGCACGAUAGGAGUCACAAUUGGCAGCACGACGAUGCUGGCCAAUGGCACGGUGCUGGACGCGGCGGGAGCACCCAUUGUUCCCACGGAUAACGGAGACGGGUCGUUCACAGCGGGUGACAUCACAGGGUAUGAGAACGGCACACUUAUGGGCGCCAACGGUGCUGUGGUCAACACUGGCAAGCAGUUCGCCACUACCCCCGAUGGCACCAUCACCGUCGGCGCCCCUGGCUCUGCCCCUGCGCCUGGCUCCCUCCCUGGCCCCGUUCCUUCCCCCGGCCCCCCUCCUUCCAGCGGCGGCAGCGUGACGUUCAACUCCGAUGGCAGCCUGUCGUUUGGACCCGGCUACACUCGCUUCCCCAACGGCACGGUUGUGGACUCCGCCGGUGCGCUCGUCCCCCCUACCAAGAACACAGACGGGUCUGUCUCCGUGGGUGGAGACUACACCUUCUAUCCCAACAACACCUUCACUGCACCCGGCCUCUCCUUUGCUCAGACCGGCGGGCGGCUCACCAUCGGAGCCACGACAAUCCUGGCCAAUGGCACGGUGCUGGAUGCAGCAGGGCAGGCGAUUCAGCCAGUUGUGAACUCGGAUGGAUCGGCAGCGACGGCGGGAGAUCUGACGGUGUACAGCAACAGCACGAUCACCGGGACAAACGGUGCGGCUGUGAGCACCUUCAGAAAGACCACCAUCAGCCCCGAUGGCACCAUCACCUUUGGCGACGUCACUCCCAGCCCCAGCACCCCCCCUGCAUCCCCUACUCCCUCCUCCGCUACUCCAUCCUCCGCAGCUGCCGCACCGCCACCACCCAAGCCUGCUGGCUCUCUUGCUCCACCAGUCACUGUCUUGGCCACCGCCAUCACUGUUGCGCUCAGCUCCCUGCUCUUUGUGUAG